CCGGCGUUGAAUAGUGUUUGAGAUCCGGUUCUGAGGAGAGCAAGAAUUGGAAUGUCAGCCUAAGCUUCUGUAUUGUGAUAUUAUAUUAAUGUAACCAAAAGCAAAAGUCCGACAUACGCUGAAUAACUUAAAACUUUUGAGGAAAAGAAAUGACACUUGCGGUUAUCCAACCAGCAUAAACACAGACAAACAAAACAACAGCCAUGGAGAAUGUAUCAAGCUCAGAUUAUCCCAACAAAUCCUGCGACCACUCGAUGAACUACUGUGAGAACAACCGAACUGAUGCUAAUGAGACCGCAACAGAACCGCACUUCUACCCAGAUUUCUAUGUCCUUCUGCCGGUGAUCUACUCCGUGAUCUGUGCUGUUGGGCUCACGGGAAACACCGCUGUCAUAUAUGUGAUCCUAAAAGCCCCUAAAAUGAAGACCGUCACUAAUAUGUUCAUCCUAAACUUGGCCAUUGCAGACGAUCUCUUUACUCUGGUGCUGCCUAUUAACAUCGCUGAGCACCUUUUACAUUACUGGCCGUUCGGCGAAAUGCUCUGCAAAAUAAUCCUGUCGAUUGACCACUACAACAUCUUCUCGAGCAUCUACUUUCUGACGGUGAUGAGCAUCGAUCGUUACCUGGUGGUGCUCGCGACGGUGCAGUCCAAAACAACGCCACACCGCACCUACAGGGCAGCCAAAAUAGUUAGCCUAUGCGUGUGGAUCUUGGUGAUCCUGAUCGUCCUGCCUUUCACCGUCUUUGCUCGGGUCUUCACCAUUACGGAUGACCUGGACAGAAAGAGCUGUGUCCUGAGUUUUCCCAGCUCCGAGAGCUUUUGGUUCAAAGCCAGUCGCAUAUAUACCCUGAUUCUAGGCUUUGUCAUUCCUGUUUCUACCAUCUGCAUCCUGUACACGAUGAUGCUUUAUAAACUCAGGAAUAUGCGCUUGAACUCCAACGCGAAGGCACUCGACAAAGCUAAGAAGAAAGUGACCAUCAUGGUUUUCAUCGUCCUCGCGGUGUGUCUGUUCUGCUGGACCCCGUUCCAUCUUAGCACAAUAGUAGCUCUGACCACGGACUUGCAAACCACUCCUUUGGUGAUAGGGAUAUCGUACUUUAUCACUAGUCUGAGUUAUGCCAACUCUUGCUUAAAUCCGUUCUUGUACGCUUUUCUAGACGACAGUUUUAGAAAAGCUUUUAAGAAAAUGUUAGAAUGUAGACCUGCUUAAAGAACGUGUGUGGCUCAUUAUAUCCACAAUAUAUUUUAGAAAAUAUAUACUACAGUAUAUUGUAUAUAAUGACUAUA